GGAAACAGCCUAAUCAAAAGGUCCCACCCAACAAUAGGUCUGCCCCCACAAGAUUGGAUUAAAAGAACAUGGCUUUUCUGGGGUACAUAACAGAUUCAAACCAGCACAGAGAGGAAAUCCAGUUUUGUGGUGAAUGGUUUUUUUCCCUUAAAUGCUGAGCCAUAUUUUCAUAAUGAUGCCUUUCUCUGCAGUGGUUUGAGAUGAUACUUUUAUAAUGGACUAUUUAUUUGAUUUAUUUCAGACACUGGGUAUUAUUUACCUUCCACCAUCAUCAUCCUUAUUACUGAUGUAUAACAUUGAAUAUGAGGUUAACAACUCUUUCUACUUCCCUCUGGAAAAAUGACCUUGGGUUUUCCUGCUUUUAGUUUUGUGUCCCUGGAAACUUAAUAAUGUUGAAAUGACAGCUGUAUUACCAGGCAACAUUACUUACGGUAAAAAUGACCCCUAAUUGGCAGUAAACAAACUGCAUCUGGACUGAGAGGACUUGAAUAAACUAUAAAUAGCUGGUGGGAAGCAUUGGUUUGGGUUUCCGUGAGUACAUUGUAACUGUUGUUACUGGGCAAGUCCUUUGCCGGGAUCCUGGAAGCCAUGUCCAUGGGACUGCUACAAGAGAUAUUAGCAUAUGGAGCAGCUUAGGGCUUCUAAGCCAGGUGGCUCCCUGCACUAAGCAGUGUGCUCUUGUUCCCUGGCACCUAAGCUGCCACUAAGAAGGGGUGGGGGGAAUCACAGGGCAGUGGAUUGGGCUGCGAACAGCUCCUGGAUCACUCAGAGAACUCCUGCUGGAGAAACAUACUCAACACUGCACUUCUGGCACACUGCAUUUCCUGUCUUGUAUUCUUCAGAGCCGAGCAAACUGGUGCCUGCCUGGUGUGGCCUAUUUGGGCCUUGUGAGUAUAUAAUGUCUCUUUGAAUUUAAGACUACCACCUGUGAGGAAGACAGGUUGACUUCCAGAGUAUAAAUAAAUGGGUUAUUGGUCUUUGAUAGGAAUUAGGGUACUUAUCAGAAGUGAGAACUUGUUUGGUGGUGACAAGGACCAAAACAGAUCUUUCCCCCUUUCCCUCAAUCUGCUGACCAGGCCAGACACAAACCCACCAACUUCUGUUCUUUCUCUCAUGAUUAAUGAGCUUAGAUUAGAACUGUUUGUUCUACCUCUAUAUCCCCUAUAGAGCUUUCUCUGUCAGUCCCAUCAGAAUUGACUCCUUCUACCAUGUUGCACUACCUGUACCCAGUCAUACAAUUGUCAUUAGCCUUGUAAGGCAGGACUUUGUCCCUUCCUCCAUUCUUUCCUUUCAUAUAUAUGUAUAGAAGUGUUUUUUUUUUCUUUCACUCUACUAGACUGAACCUCUCUGAAUUCUGGAGGUAUAUUUUAUUAAUCUUUACCCUCUUGGGACUUACCAGCUUGGUUCUGUCUUCAAUGAAUAUAUGCUGAAUGAUGAAUAUCCAGGGUAAGAUAUUUCUAACACCCUACUCUUCCUCCUAAAAAGUUUCAAAUAAUUUUGGUAACAUAAACACUUUAUAUAAAAUACCAUGUCAAAUUCUGAACAGAGAACAAGAUGAAAACAAGUUUACACAGAAAGGCAAUACAGUGUGGUGUUUAAAAACAUGGACUGAAAAAUCAGGCUACCUGGAUUUGAAUCCCUAAUGACUAGCUGUGUAACCCUGGGAAUCAUUGACCUUCAAGGAUGUGUUUGUGGACUUCACCCUGGAGGAGUGGCAGCAACUGGACUCUGCUCAGAAGAAUCUCUACAGGGAUGUCAUGCUUGAGAACUAUAGCCACCUGGUCUCAGUGGGAUAUCUAGUUGCCAAACUAGAUGCAGUCUUCAGGUUGGGACAAGAAGAGGCCUGGAUGGCAGAUGGAGAAAGCGCAGUGCAGAGUGGUCAAGAAGUCUGUCAAGUUGAUGACCAGAUAGAUGACUACAAGGAAAGCCAAGACAAUCCUCUGUGGCAAGUUGCAUCCAUAGACAAGAGAACACUGAAGGAUGAAAGUGGUCAAGAAUGCAGAACAUGUAGAAAAUUCAUUUAUCUGAGCACAGGCUUUGUUUCUAUAGGAAAAAGUCUCCCUAAAUUUCAUUCAUGUGGAAGGUGUUUAAAACAUAAUUCAAACUUUCUUAGUCAAAAGAGAAGCUAUGUAAGAAAGAAAGACGAUGAAAGUAAGACACAUUGGAAAUUGUGCUUCCAUUCUAGUCUUGAUAAAGCUCAACCUGGAGAGAAGUUCUUUGAACCUAAUCAACAUGGAAAAGCCCUCCAACAUAAGCAAACCCUUAAUAAAAGUCAGCGAAUUCAAACUGGGGAGAAACUCUUUGAAUGUACUGAAUGUGGGAAAGUGUUUAUCCAGAAAGCAAACCUUGUUGUGCAUCAGAGAACUCACACUGGAGAGAGACCUUAUGAAUGCUGUGAAUGUGCAAAAGCCUUCACCCAGAAGUCAACUCUCAUUGCACACCAGAGAACUCACACAGGGGAGAAGCCCUAUGAAUGCAGUGAAUGUGGGAAAACCUUUAUUCAGAAGUCAACUCUAAUUAAACAUCAGCGAACUCAUACAGGAGAGAAGCCAUUUGAAUGCAGUGAAUGUGAAAAAGCCUUUAAGAGUUCAUAUCACCUUAUCAGACAUGAAAAAACACACAUUCGAAAAGCAUUUUAUAAAGGUUCCAAAUGUGGUAAGACCAGCCUUACAUAUCAAAGGACUCAUACAGGUGAGAAACCUUUUGAGUGCGGUAAACAUGGGAAAGAUAUUGAUGAGAAGCUCACCCCCAUUGCACGUGAGAAAGUUUAUUCGAAAGAGAAACCUAAUGAGUGCAGUAAAUGUGGGAAAAGUUUCAGAGGAAAAUCACACCUCUCUGUGCAUCAAAGAAUUCACACAGGAGAGAAACCUUAUGAGUGCAACAUAUGUGGGAAGACUUUCAGUGGAAAGUCACACCUCUCUGUACAUCAUAGAACUCAUACAGGCGAGAAACCCUAUGAAUGCAAAAGAUGUGGGAAAGCCUUUGGUGAGAAGUCAACCCUUAUUGUACAUCAAAGAACUCAUACAGGAGAGAAACCCUACAAGUGCAAUGAAUGUGGGAAAGCUUUCAGUGAGAAGUCACCACUGAUUAAACAUCAGAGAAUUCAUACAGGAGAGAGACCCUAUGAAUGCAGUGACUGUGGGAAAGCCUUCAGUAGGAAGUCAACUCUCAUUAAACAUCAGAGGAUUCAUACCGGGGAAAAACCCAAUGAAUGCAGUGAAUGUGGAAAAGCCUUCAGUGUGAAAUCAACUCUCAUUGUACAUCACAGAACUCAUACAGGAGAAAAACCUUAUGAAUGCAGGGAAUGUGGGAAAGCCUUCAGUGGGAAGUCAACUCUUAUUAAACAUCAAGAGAAGUCAUGCAAGAGAUAAAAUCUUUGAAUAUACUUGAUACUUGAGAUUGGGAUAAUUUUACCAGUAGUUUUACCUCAUUGUAUUAUAUACCAAAUCCUUCAUCCUGGGGAGUAACCUUGUAAAUCUAAAGAAUAUCAGAAAUUAUUUAUAUAUUUGUUUAAUGUUCAUUUAACUUCAUAAAAGGCAGAAAGCAUGCAAUAAAUAUGAUAAAUUCGAAGAAUUGUAUAUCAAAGAUUCUUAAAGGGGCAAAACUGUAAGUGUCCUAAUAUGGUAAAUCGUAAGAAAGAAUUUAAAUAACAUUGUCUAAAAGAGUAUGCUGAUGAAAAAUUUAAUGAGUUCAUAAAACUGUGUUAGAAAUUAUGAGGGAAAUCAUGUUCCAGCUUCUGUAACAAGCAUUUUGUGGAAAAGGCUGCAGAAGUUGCAAACAAGCAUUCAAUUAUAAAGUUAUGUUCACUGUGGGGUAGAGUAUGAAGUUUUUGAAAGGAGAACAAUAUAUACAAAAUAUAUCUGUCCUUGCUGGGGCAACCUCCCACGUUUAUUCCUUAAACAAAUAGAAAAAGUGCUUCCUUAAAUAGGGUGAGAGAUGAGUCAGCAGGAUCCCCAAAGCAAAGGAACUCAGACAGGAGAGCUUAUACCUACUCUUCCCUCUUCAGAGCAAAAAGCAAACUUCUUACAGAAAAGGCAUAUAGGAAGCUUUGAUGUGCCUUGCUUGAGAACAAUGAUUACAACUUAUUGUUCUGUCUUUUCUGUAUUAUGUUUGAGGAUUUGGGGUAAUGUCCAUAGUAAGCUGUUAAGUGAAAAAUAUUUUAAAACGGUGUACUGUAUGAUUUGCAUUGUAUAAAAUACACAGAGAGAGGAAGGAUAUGCACCAUUAUGAUAACAGUGUUUCUGGGUGGUAGGAAUAUAGGCAAUUUUAUGAUUAGUGAAAGUUUUAUAUAUAUAUAUAUAUAUAUAUAUAUAUAUAUAUACACACACACACACAUAUAUAUUUGUAUUAUGUCUCUUUUAGCCAUGUGCGUGUGCAUUUGCGUGUGUUUGUGUAGAUAGAGAAAAAAGCUAGGAAGAAAAUAUGCCAUGUUAAGUAUGUUACCAUUUUGAGUACUGGAAUUCUUGAUUAUUUUAAAUUCUUUUUUAAAUGUAGUCUCCAGGAACUACCAAUAAAAUAUAUUGUUUAAAGUAA